AUGAAUUUGAACAUUUUUUCAAUAUUUUUUUUUAGUGUCGUUUGUCGUUGUGGGUACUCUCGUGCUUCGCAAUCACGUAGAGAUACAAUGACCACUGUUCAAAAGAAAAAGUCCGUCCAAACUCACGGUAAGAAGCGUAACGCUGUCGCCGUCUCUUACUGCACUGAAGGUAAGGGUAUGAUCCGUGUCAACGGUGUCCCACUCGAGCUCAUCCAACCACAAACCCUCCGUUUGAAGGUAUUCGAGCCACUCGUCGUCCUCAAGAACAACGAAAUCAACGCUUUCCAAACCGUCGAUAUGCGUGUUCGUGUCCGUGGUGGAGGUCCAGUUGCCCAAAUCUACGCUAUCCGUCAAGCUAUUGCCAAGGCCCUCGUUGCUUACACCCAAAAGUACGUUGAUGAACAAUCCAAGAACAUCAUCAAGAAGGCCCUCCUCGCCUACGAUCGUGCCCUCCUCGUCGCUGACCCACGUAGAUGUGAGCCAAAGAAGUUCGGUGGUCGUGGUGCCCGUUCAAGAUUUCAAAAAUCGUAUCGUUGA